GAAGACACACCCACAUCAGACGACCUAGAACAGUUCGCUAAGCAAUUCAAGCAGAGGAGAAUCAAGUUAGGCUACACACAAGCUGAUGUUGGCCUUGCUUUAGGUAGCUUGUACGGUAAUGUUUUUAGCCAGACAACGAUCUGUCGUUUUGAGGCUUUGCAACUUAGCUUCAAAAAUAUGUGUAAAUUGAAACCGUUACUGAACAAAUGGCUUGAACAAGCCGAUAGCAAUAAUAGUAACCCAAGUGCUGUUGAUAAAGUAGCAACGCAAGGAAGGAAGCGUAAAAAGCGUACCUCUAUUGAAGUAGCUGUAAAAGGAGCCUUAGAAAAUCAUUUUCUUAAACAAUCUAAGCCAUCUGCACAAGAUAUUGGUUCAUUAGCCAACACUCUACAAUUAGAUAAAGAGGUUGUGCGUGUAUGGUUCUGUAACAGGAGGCAGAAAGAGAAACGACUU